GAUACUGGAAUGCUGAGCGAAGACUUCUCAAUCACGCAGCUGGCGGUUCCCGCAGUCAGUGUACUGAUUGCCUUUUUGGCUUAUACGUCACAGUACUUUUUUCUCCACUUUGAAUCUGUGCCUCUCACAACAGAGGAGACUUGGAAAAUCAACAUCUUCGCCGUAUGCAUCUGGAUAUGUUAUUAUCGAACUUGCUUUGUAGACCCAGGACGACUCCCAAAGUCGGAACAACGUCCAAAACCCAAGGAGCAAGAGAGUGACGAGGUCACUGGCCGCCAACGAUGGUGUCGUAAAUGUGAAGCUUACAAGCCGCCGCGAGCUCAUCACUGCAAAACUUGCAAGAGGUGCAUUCCGAAGAUGGAUCAUCAUUGCCCCUGGACCUCGAACUGCGUUUCUCAUUUUACCCUUCCUCACUUCAUACGCUUUUUGUUCUAUGCAACUGUUGGAAUGUCUUAUCUUGAGACUCUGCUUUGGCAGCGGGGCUCAUUUGUAUGGAAGAAUAGCCAUUUGCCAAGCGUGAGAGAACCAACACAUUCACCACUUCAAGUCGCUAACGGUACAAAGUACAUGGGACCUACAGUAGGUCAGCUCAUUCACCUUUUCAUACUUUUGGUGGUCAACGGCUUUACAGCGUUUGCUCUGGGUAUCCUCCUCCUUCGGAGUCUUUGGACAAUCGGGUCAAAUACAACAACCAUCGAGACUUGGGAAAUCGAGAGGCAUGCUACUCUCGUCCGCCGUGCUCGUGCGCUUGGGGGGUAUCUUGAAGGUCCUGGUGGAAUCCGGGUCUAUAUCAAAAAGCAGGAAUAUCCCUAUGACAUUGGGAUUUGGGCCAACAUCAAGCAGGCCAUGGGCGGAAGUGCCAAUGUGAUAAGUUGGUUCUGGCCACUCGCCGCAAGCCCGGAUCGUCGCACUGGCUGGGAGUUUGAAACAAAUGACUUUGAAGGCGAAAUCCCGAUACCGGCAAGUGCAAAGCUACCGAACAAUUUCCGCAUGCCCCAGUACGAUACCAUACAAGAUGAGAUCGACGCCUUCAAUCGCCGCAAAGAAGAAGACCUAAAGCGAUUCCAACAAGUUUCAGGGCUACAGCGUCGCAGACCUUUCCACGACAGGCAACACGGAACCGAGUAUGCAGAAUAUGAAAGCGACGAAUCUGACACUGGUUCUCGCAAUAACUCCCGUGAGGGCGAGGAGUCAUGGCGCAAUGCGGAGGGGGAGCGCUUACGCGACUUUGGAGUUGAUGAAGAAGUGGAGUUCUACGAUGAAGAGGACAUCCCUCUUGCCGUUUUGAUCCAACGGCGGAAGCAGCAGGAAUAUCGCGAUUGA